AGGCUGUAUAUACUCUGCGUGUAUUUCCGGGUAGAAUCAGAGCAGGGCUUCCGCGAGCGGACUGUGCGGGAUGGAAACGCGGUGUUUAUGGCUUUUAUUGGUCUGUGUGCUGUCACUGAAUCAUGCCACAGCCGACAAUGGCAGCGUUAAAAAGAUGAAAAUGCAAUAUACAGGAAUGCCACUGCUAAAGUUUCAGAUUUGUGUGUCCUGAGGGUACAGGCGGGUGUUUGAAGAGUACACUCGGGUUCUCAGCCAGAGGUACCCAGACAUCCGCAUCGAGGGAGAAAACUUCCUGCCACAACCUGUAUACAGACACGUAGCUUCCUUCCUCUCUGUCUUCAAACUUGCAGUGAUUGGUUUAAUUGUCCUGGGCAAGGACCCUUUCACAUAUUUCAACAUGGAGACUCCAGGGAUCUGGCUUUGGGCACAAGAGAAUAAGAUAUAUGCCUGCAUGAUGGUGUUCUUCCUCAGCAACAUGAUAGAAAACCAGUGUACGUCCACUGGUGCCUUUGAAAUCACACUUAAUGAUGUGCCUGUAUGGUCAAAGCUGCAGUCGGGACACCUGCCCUCCAUGCAGCAGCUGGUGCAGAUUCUGGAGAAUGAGAUGAAGCUGAGUGCACACAUGGACUCUCUCCCACACAGACGGGCUUAGUAGAGAUGUAGGAACUAAACUGACUGGCUGUGGCUUGUGUGUGAUGCGAGGCCUUGGUGUGUGAGAGGGCAUUAAUGAAGGUUUGCACUGAAGGCGGUGUGUCUGCUGGUGCAGACUGGAUGUCCAGCCCUCUCUCACUGCUCCGUGGGUCUCUCUGUUCCCACAGCCCUACAGUCCUCGGCUAAGAAUUAUGGAGGAAAUGGAAAGUUUGACUGCAGAAUAUCUGCAAGUGAUCGACCAAUAAAAACACACGCUGUUAUUGGUGUUAAACAGUGUUUACCUGUUUUGGGGUGCGUGUAGUAGACUGCUGUAUUAUGAAUGAAAUCAGUUUUGUAGUAUGUGCAGAACUGCAGUUCUGUAUUUGAUUUCUCUCUCAUAUUGUCUUUACGUUUUCAUCUUUCUUCAUAUGAUUUUGUGCCAAUUUAUUAAUUCCACUGAUGUUUACGCUCAUUUUCAGUGUAUGUUUUAGCCAACGGUAUUCAUUAAGAAAUAUAAACCGAUAUGUAAUUGUAUCCAAUAACUAAAUAUGUACAUCUCAUCAAGGAUGUACUUUGAUACAUUUUGAUUUUUGAUCAUUUUAAAUAUUUGUUUAUACUCUGUUUUGAAUAAAUUCGGUCGAUGGAUGUCUAAACGAA